UGUGAGAUUCCACUCUGUACUGAAUCAUUCCGAUUUUCCCAAUUCGCAGAUCGAAGUCGAAAAUGGGGGGAGGCCACGGCGAGGGCACAACCUACAAAGGCAUAACCAUACACCAACCUAAGCGGUGGCACACCGUCGCCGGCAAGGGUCUCUGUGCUGUUAUGUGGUUUUGGGUGUUUUACAGAGCAAAGCAAGAUGGUCCUGUAGUGUUGGGUUGGAGGCAUCCUUGGGAGGGCCACGAUGAUCAUGGCCAUGGUGGUGGACACUAGCAGACUUCAGCUCAGAAAAGGGGAACAACAAAUCUUGAAGAGUCUGUGUUUGCCGUUAGUUUCAAAUGUUUACCUUAUCGCAUCAAAUAAAUUUAGCAGCAAAAGAAGAGAUUUAUUUUGCAUAAUUUCAUGAACAAUAAUAUUGUACUUUCAGAACCAUACCCUGUCAACUUUGGUGAUAGUUAUGAUUGUUUGGAUAAAUGUUUCAUGUCUUUUGGCUUUGGGAGUAAUUUAUGUUAUAGACUCAAUAUUUGUGUAUCUAAUUGAGAACUUUGGUGUAA